CGUCCGCUGUGUUGGUAGCAUUGGAGGCAAUCCUUUUCAAAGAGCUGCGAUCUGCCGGUUUCGUGGUUUGCUAUAUACUACUAAAAGAGACAGCGCCGGGGGUGGUGAAUGGUACAGGUGCAAGUGACUAUGGCUUUGGUGAUUCAAAAUGUUUACUUUAUGAACCAUGUGUGGAAAGUGAUUUGGAUGUGCGUGGUUUGCUACCAGGGGAUUGGAGCUAAAUUCGUUGAAGAACCCGCAAGCGCCACAUAUUCCGUAGAGGCAGUUCAGGGUGGCAUGGCAAAAUUACCAUGCGAUAUUAUUCCAGCCAUGCCUGGUGACAAGAUGCAUAUAGUCAUAUGGUUUAAGGAGGGUGAGAAUCGUAAAACCCCCAUAUACUCGUUCGACUCCCGAGAUAAACUGCCGGAGCAAGGAAAGCACUGGCAUGACGAAAGUGUCUUGGGAGCUCGAGCUCACUUCCGUUAUCAAGACAAACCAGCUAUACUUACACUGGACAGUGUCCGAGACAGCGAUGGGGGAAUCUAUCACUGCCGCGUCGACUUUAAACAAACUCCUACAAGGAACAUUAAAGUCAACUUGACCAUUAUCAUUCCACCUGAUCAACUGAGUGUACUCGACGAGACGGGCGUUCAUAUCUCUAACUACAUUUUAGGACCAUAUAAUGAGGGGUCUUCAGUCAAUAUUACAUGUGUUGCCACUGGAGGUCGUCCCCCGCCGCGAGUGACAUGGUGGCAAGAGAAUGCUCUUCUCGACGACUCUUUCGAGUACUUAAAAGAUCGUCGAGUCAGAAAUAUCCUCCACCUGGAAAAGCUUGAAAGGAAGCAUCUUCACACCGUAUUCACUUGCCAAGCAUCCAACAACAAUCUAGUGGCCCCCAUUUCUAGUUCAGUUACCCUCGAUAUAAAUCUGCGACCUUUAAGGGUGAAGCUCCUCGGCGAAAAUAAGGCAUUAUCCGCUGAUAACACUUACGAACUUAGUUGUGAAGUUGUGGGUUCGAGGCCUCAACCCACUAUAACUUGGUGGAAAGGAAGCGUACAAAUGAAAAAUACCAGAGAAACCACGAGUCCGGACCUCAACACCACCACCAGCGUCUUGACGUUUACACCAACUGUCGAAGACGGAGGCAAAUAUCUGUCUUGCCGAGGUCAACAGCCGUAUAUCUCAGACAGCGGUUUGGAAGACGGAUGGAAGCUCGAUAUUUACCACGUCCCUCUCGUUACUCUUGAACUCGGCAGUACUUUGAAUGGAAGCACUAUUAAAGAAGGAGUCGAUGUUUAUUUCGAGUGUAACAUCAAAUCCAAUCCAUGGGUGUACAAAGUCAGUUGGAGACAUAAUGGUAAACAACUGUACAAUAACGCACAAGCAAAUACAAUCGUCAGCAAUCAAAGCUUGGUGCUUCAAGCAAUUACGAGAUCCAGAUCUGGACACUACACCUGUGUUGGGCAUAAUCAAGAAGGCGAUGGUGAAAGCAAUUCGGUGCAACUUGACGUUAAAUUUAUUCCAACUUGUCGACCCGCCCAACCGAAAGUCUUUGGGGUGGCGAGACACGAAACGGCGAGGAUUUUAUGUGAAGUUGAGGCCAAUCCAACAGACGUGCAGUUUAUUUGGAAAUUUAAUAACUCGGCUGACACUGUUGACAUACCACAGAACCAGAUUUACAGCGAAAGGACGAGGAGUACAGCAGCUUACAAACCCAUGACCGAAGGGGAUUAUGGGACGUUGUUGUGCUGGGGGAGAAACGAAAUAGGGAUGCAGAAGGAGCCUUGUGUUUUCUACAUAAAUCCGGCAGGCAAACCUGACGCUCUCUCCAACUGUACAAUCCUCAAUCAGACAGCCGAAUCGUUGCACGUGGAAUGUACGGAAGGUUUCGACGGCGGUCUCCAGCAGGAAUUCAUUAUGGAAGUGUACGACACGCAGACACGCAAAUUGGUGAGCAACGUCACAUCAAAAAAUCCCAUUUUCACCGUCGGUGGAUUGGAAUCCGGCUUGGGUUUCGACAUCGGCCUUUACGCUUCUAACAAGAAGGGCCGCAGCGACGUGUCCCAUCUCCACGCGUUCACUCUCAAGUCGGCCGAGAAACACACAGUUAAGAUUAGUAAGCCGCUGCCACCAGAAAAUUGCACGUUGCUUCACCACUCUCGAUUCUCUCUCAGGAUUAGGUGUCAAGUGUCGGAACAAAGCAGGGACAAUACGUAUUUCCUGCAAGUGUUUGACGCCGAUAGCCGGGUUUUGAUCGGGACGGCGACGGCGCUAAUACCGCAAGAUAUCGUUUUUAACAAUAUGCCGAGACGGUACGAUGAUUUGUUGAUUUUUAUUAGGACGAAGCAAAAGACGAUCAUGAGCGAUGCGAAUAUUAUUUACGUUCCUAAGAACACGAUUAAAACUGGUGCGUCGACCCCAGCUUUACUGCAAAUAACACCCCUGCUCGGAGCUUUAAUCGGAGUAGUGGCAGCUUUGAUCCUCGUUGCUGUGAUAAUAGUGGUGGUAAUACGUCUGCGAGGUGGCGGCGAGAGGGACGACAAGGACUACGACGACGGCGGUUUGUCAUCGUCGGGGCGACGCUGCGUUGCUGGAAACGGCGACAAAGCCAGUACAGAACCAUUAAAUAAAGAUUUGAACGACAGUGUCGAUAGUUUAGAAGAGAAAAAUCCCGAUAUUAUACCGCAAAAUAACGCCGAAGACGACUAUCAAGAUGAGGAACGAGCGUUCGAAAGACUUAACAACGCUCCCUUGAGGGUAUACAGCAGAAUGCAAAGCCCGAAUAAUCAGACCAAAAAUGGGGGAUACGACGGGUAUAAAACGACCGAUGAAAUAACAUAUGCUGAAUUGUCUCUCACAAACCAACAGAUGCCCCACGUCAUCUACAAUCAGCAGGCCAUCCCCAUGUCAGUGAUCCGCCGGCAGGAGCCCACUGUAUACGCGCAAAUCGACAUGAAACGCAUUCCGCAAUGUCUUCAGCCUCUGAGUCCGCCACAUCCCUCGUCUUUCCAGACUUUACACCAUCCGCACCUUCCCGCUUACAUUCCACGGCCUCUUCGGGAGGAGCAGCUGAUCCACGAGAACGCCAUCAAUGCCGAGACGCCUUUAAUGAGUCCGCGAGAUUCGAGCGCCUUGCAGCCCCUUCUGGACGUGAGCAGCACGCGGACGCCCACGAUGACUUCGACGCAGCCGAGGACAGUGUCGGCAACUCGCUUUUGACCCAAUUAAAGACGAUUUGGGAGAAUUGACUUAUUUGUAAAUCAAAAGACUAAAGUCAUGAGUGUUACCUUUAUUGUGAGUGUGUGUUAAAAAUUUUAUAAAUGAAUUUUCAGAAAAAGCUUAUGAACGACUUACUGGUUUGAGUCUACCUACAUUCAUUUCUCUAUUAAAAAAAUAUUUUGAUAUUUUUAUAGUAACUUAGUAUUGUUAAGUAAUGAAAAUUUUAUUUUCGAAUUUUAUUUUAAGUUUAUUUUGUUUACGAACUUAGAUAAGAAAUGCAAAGACAAUUAUUGUAAAGCGAUGACAUCUGAAUCCGAAUUUUUCGAUAUUAUUCGCCUGUACAUAAAACUUUUAUAGCUGUGAAAACAAAUCAAUUAUUUAAGAAAAAUGUAUUAUUAUAAAUAUUUUAUCUAUCUUAUGGACUUUUUAUUAAAUUACCACCUAUAACAGAAAUAAAUAGAAUAAUUUAACCACUUAUAGAACCCUCUAAGUAAUUGUAAGCAUUUUUUUCGAAAACACAAUAUGUAGUUACUAAGUUAAAAUUAUAACGUUUUUUAAAUCUCAUACUUACCCGCCUAUUAUAGUUUAUGAGCACAUGCAAAAUAAAAUUGCUUUGUUUUUCGGUUAAAAGAUUUUUUUUUAUUUUUGCAAUCGCAAACAACCACAUUGCAAAACUGAAUAGCUCGUAAUAUUACAAUAGGCAAAAUGUAUGAAAAUAUCGAUAGAAAAAAAUAGUAGAUAAAAAAUAUACCAUUUGACGAAUUCUGCACCUGGUUAAAAUUAAUGUUUUUAUUUCUGUUAUACGUGGUAUUGUAAAAUUGUUAAAAUAAUUCCCAAUAUUCGUUGUAUACAAGAGAAUUAUUGUACCAUAUUGUACGUACGUUGUGAUUUCUUUUAGGAGAAAUGGUUUACGUUUUGUGAUAUUUUCAUUUAGUGUUUUUUAAUACUGCCAUAGUAAAAUAUAACUAUUUAGAACCUAAGUAUUUCUUUGUAAUCAAGAAAUAUUGGAUACACCGUCCAAUCGUCUUAAUUAUACUAAAAAGAGAAAACUUCAACGAAGUGUUUGUUGCAUUUUAUACUACAUUAAAAAAGAGUUAACUGAUAUUUUAGCUUAGUAAAAUAUUAAGUGUGAAUUUGUUUCAGUACAGAACAAUUUUAUGUAAAUAUGUAUAUAAUGACUCAAAUUCUAUUGUUCAGUUUUUAUGAAAUAAAUAUUGGAAAAUGGCCAAGAAAUCUUUUCGUAAAUGUAUAAUUUUAUUACCUCAUCUUGUAUAUUGACAAUAACAAAACAUUUUUUGUUAAACUUUUUUUUCGUUGUAUUAAACUACUGGACAUGUAAAAAUGAAAUCAAAGUGGCCUUGUCGAAUUUAAGUACAUUCAUUUAAACAGUUCAUGUAGUGUUAAUAUAAAUUUUUUGGACAUGUAGAUAUAUAACUAUUAUGUGUUAUAUCAUGUAUGUAAUUAUUCAUAAAUUGUCUAAAAAUAUAAUUAAACAUAA